AUGGACUCGGAGGAAAGGAAACCAACUGAGAGCGAGUUGCUCGCAGAAAAGCUGCUACAAGGUUGGACGAUGCUAGGAGAUGUAUGCCCUUCCUGCGGCCGAGUUCCCCUAAUGCGGAGGAAAGAGGGAGGCGACUGGUGCGUUGCAUGCAAGAGCUUCAUGCCAUCUGCUGCACCCUUGCAGCAGCAGCAACAACAACAGGAACAGACACAGCAGGAGCAGCAACAUCAACAUCAAGACGCUGUCGAAGAUGCACAAGAGAGCAGCGACAGCGAAACAUCUGGAGUCUGCACAGCGAGUAGGGAGGGAAAGGCAGCUUCUCUGAGGAGUGAUUUUGAACGUGUUUUACAUACAAAGCGUGGCAUUCCCUGUGGCAUCGGGGGUGUUAACACUCCUAGGAGUGCGUUGCCUCCUCUCCGCGUGGCGGCUGCAUUCGGACUGCAGGCUUCCCCAGAGGAGAGGCUUGCGGCUUGCAGUGCUGCAAUCCAAAGGGAAGGAGCAGCUGCAGCGGCAGCGCUCGAGCAGCAGCGAGCGCAGUUGCAGGCGCAGGUGCAGCAGCAGCAACAGCAGCAGCAUGCAGAGAGCAGUACCCCCUCUACUUCUUCUGGCACGAUGUCGGCGGGCAUGUGGCGGCCCCUGGUAAACGUAGGGGCGAAGCUCCCCCUUUUAAAUUAUGAUUUCUGCCUGCGAGAACUCUUGCCACAUGUUUUUGGAGGUAGUGGAGUGCUGCUGCGUUCGCGCGAUGCAGCCGUCUAA